UAGUCGCGAAGUUAAUGAACCAUUCUUGAAAACUGUCUGACCGGACUAUUAAAAGUGCAUUUAAACCAAACCAAAUCAGCCACACACGAGCACCCCGAAGACAAUGACCAAUAUCCGAACGCUGGUGCCGGAGCUGGCGGAGCAGGCUCGCAUAAAGCUCAAGGAGGACGAGACGACCAGGGCGGAGUGCAUCGAGGCGCUGCGUGCCUGGAUCACUGAACUUAACUACCUGCAGGCGCGCACCGACGAUCAGUUUCUGGUGGCCUUCCUGCGCCACUGCCACUGGAACGUGGAUGAAGCCAAGAAGCGCGUGUUGUUCUAUUACACAUACAAGUCCAAAGAGCGCGAGCUCUUCAAGAGUCGCCUGGUGGACGAUAAGCUACUGGAGAUGGCUCGCUCUGGCAUUUUCGCCACGUUGCCCAAUCCGAUCGGACCCGGCGGCCCCCGCAUCCACUACACACGCAUGGGCCACAUAGAGCCCUCGAAGCACAGUGUGAGCGACAUUUUCCGCUUCCAUGCCUUCCGCGCCGAAAUCGAGAUCAACACGGACGACAACUGGAACAUUGCCGGUGUGGUGGAGAUAAUUGAUUUCACCAAGAUCCCCUACUCGUUGCUCCUCCAGUUCGACCCAGGCAUGUUCCGGCGCAUGAACGCCUUCCUCGAGCACGGCAUACCCACGAAUUUAGUUGCCACCCACAUCGUGAACGCGUCCCGCGAGACGCAGUUUGUGCUCGGUCUGGUGCGCAAUGCAAUGAAGCAGAAAGAGCUGCUGCACAUCCACUCCAAUCUCGAGUCGCUGCAGCGCGUCAUCGGCAAGGAGUACCUGCCCGCGGAGUUGGGUGGGGAUAAUGGAACUCUGGGCGAUGCAAUGACGCGCUAUGAGACCCAGCUGACCGGCUUUGCCACGUACUUCAAGGAAGAGGAACGCUACGGCGUGGAUGAGAAGCUGCGUGAGGCCAGCGAGAAGGAGCAGGAAAGGGCCCCUCCGCCGUUGGGGGCUGGCGCCGCCCACGAGGCCUCCUUUCGCAAGCUGAACUUCGAUUGAGGCGUGCUGGCGUGCUGGCGGCCCAUAAAUGUCGUGUGGCAGCAAGUUGUAUAUUCAAAUGCACAUACUACUAUUUACACCCCCCCUCUAUAUAUACACAUACAAAAAUGCAUACAAACAUACAUGCGGAUAUGUACACACAAAUGUAAAAAUACCACAGCUCUAUAGCGAUCCUUGGUCAUGGCAGAACCUGAUAUUUUAUAAAAGAAAAACCUAAUCGAGCAGCAGCAUGGAACCUAGAGGCAAAUCCAACAAUAUUAUAAACAAGUCCACACUAAAAGCGAACCCCACAAAACAAAAAGAAGAAUAUGAAACGCCAUCAAAUGGUAAAAAAAACCUCACAUGAAUGUCGAUUAUAAUUUAUUGUUGUCCUUAUCAACGCACACCCAUACUUACUUACUUACACAUACAUUCUAACAUCCAGGCGGCUAUGGCGGCCCGUACUCGGCUUUGCCGCGACAAUUUAUCCGCCCCCAUAACGCAUUUCGCUCACCUCACGAUGAUGAACGUUUCCACGUCUUCUACUUAAGUGCUAAGUUCUUGUUGGCUUUUAUUUUAAAUGCAUACGCAUACAUACAUGCAUACAUACAUUCAUGCGAACAUACAUACAUACAUAUAUUUUUUCGAUAAUUUUUGCGUUAGUUAAGUGUCGUUUCUACUAAUUUUUGAUACUAGUUUACACAUGUACAUGUACACCUAUAUUAUAUCGUAUGCAUACUUGCAUAUGUACAUACCUAUAAUAUAAAGUCGAAAUACAAACAUACAGUUUAUAAAUGACAGCGUAUUGUAGUGUCCCCUGUUGAGUGCGUUAAUAAAUUAAAAAGAAUUUGUUUAAAUGUCAAACAAGUGCAAAGUCACACCAAAAGGGGUGUAUUACUUGA